GCUGGGAACGAUUUGUCUUGUUUGAGCCGAACUGCUACGGCAUUCGAUUUCAUCCCAAAAACUAGUAGCUUGUUUUUUUAAAUGCUUUCUAGAACCAUAUAACGUCGUCUUCUUAUGGAAAUCGAUAUACUUGAAAAUUAACAUACACAACUUGAGGCUUGUUUAUUUUCAUCGUGAGAAUAGUGCCUCUAUAAUAGAGUUGCGAGCGCUUACCGCAAGCUGUUGGCAAUUUUGAUACUCAUAUGACCUCGGGUAGCAAGGUAACAAAGUUAUUCUUGUAAAAAUGGGUCAUAAUAGUUGAUUUGACGGAAAACUGGAACUACUCCAAAUCGCAGAGUGACGGAAGCCAGUGUAAAUAGAGCAUCUAAGAAUGCUAGAAAGGAAAACAUCUGAGGAACCAUCAGGAAACCAUUUAAGCGUCGGCAGGGAUCCGAAUUUGCAUUGAUUCCGUUGGACGCCCGUCUAUGCGAAAGAAAAACCUUCUUUUUCACUUAAAUAGCAAUUCUUCCACCAUCUAGUAACAGAUUUCUAUAUGUUUCAUUUUUCAUUCCAUUUUCAGCAUAGAUGGUUCAAGCAAUCCAUAUAAAACACCUAUUACUUGCGUGGCUUAUUUACAUAAGCCACGCCCCACGUUCACUUUUCGCAAACCAGAUUUUUUGGCUUUUUCGGGCUCGCUCCCUCCGAAAAUGCUGCACCAUACGGAGAUCUCAUGCACUACAAAUGCAAAAAUGCCAUCGCUCUAGACAUCCGCUUGGUGCAAGUAUUCAAAAAUUCUAUCUUUCUUGUUACUGCAAUCAGAACUCCGCCUGGUGCAGCACUUUGGGAGGGAGCGAGAUAAAAAAAAUCUGGUUUGUAAGAAGUGACGUUGGGCCUUACUUCCGCAUGGUGCAGCACUUUCGAGGGGAGCAAGCCAGAAAAAGCCUUAAAAAUCGACUUCACGGAAAGCGACGUUGAGCGUGGCUUAUUUACAGGCGUUUGAGCAGAGUCAUGGAAAUUGGAAACCAGUCAUGGGUUCCAUGACUCUGGUUUGAGUACUCGUAAUCUAUGACUCUGUGACCAGAGUCAUAGAUAAUCUAGGAUUCUGCUCGGGCUUACUUCGUCCGAUUGAUCUGCACCAUGCGGAGGUAUUUACAAGUUACAAGUUCAACUUACAAGUUACAAUUACCAACAUAAUAACAGAGUAUAAAUUUAUUAAUAGCCAACUCCCUCUAUGGCUCUGAUAAUAAAUUAAUAAUGAUUAAUGAAUGAUAUAUCUAAUGCUGUGGCAACGUUGCCGAAGCACAUUUAUUAGCAGACUACAAUUUGAUUUGUUUUUCAGGAUUUAAAGAGCUGGAGCACAUGUGGACGUGGUUUUCGAGACUUUAUUCUUACUAAAAUACGUUUGCUCAAAAGUCUUUAAAUUUACUUGUUAAGGAAACUUUAGAUGUUCCCACACGGUGUGAGCUCUUUGUGAUUUCAAAUGGCAUUACCUAAUCCUUUUGCCUGUGGCACACUUCCUAAACCAAGUUUUACACCUGUUUAUUCACCCCAAAAUACAAACUUAAAUCCUGGCCCAGGAUUACCACACGCACCUCAACCUCAGUAUAGUGGUGAUAGUGUGACAAAGAUGUAUCAAAAUGAUACGAAACAAAAGACGUUUGACCUCCAAAAAGGCAACUUUCAAAACUCACAAUUUCAACCUUUCUCAUGUGAUCGUUGUGAUCGUUCAUUUAGAUCUCAUGAACUUUUAAACAUUCACAUAUCUGAGCACAUUCCCUGUGGAAUAAAUGGAUGCACAUUUGUGGCCCAUCCUAAAAUUGUGGAGAAGCAUAUACAAAUGCAACAUGAGACAGGACUUGCUGAACAAAUAAUGAGGCUAAACACCCCGGAGGAAAUACAAAAAUGGAGAGAAGAAAGACGAAACCGAUUUCCCUCUACAACAAAUGUUGCACGUAGACAAGCUGAGCAGAAAGAAAGAUUAGAAAGAGGAGAACUUCUGUAUGAACCAAAAAAAAAAUUUGCCAAAAAUAGAAAACAGCAAGAGAAAGGAGAUAGGGGAAGAGGAUGGGAUGCAAGAAGAAAUCAGAACAGGAAGGAUAAUGAUAAAACAGAAAAAAAAAGUAACAACAUGCCACAUCAGCAAUCCGGACCAGAAUUUUCACAAAAUGUUUCAAUACCAAAUGAAACGAAACCAUUCAACAGUACAAAGACACCAGAAUCAAGUAUAGUAAACAUUAAACAGAACCUCGAUGGUGAAAUAGUAAUGGAGAAUAAGGAAAAAAUUUACUCCGGAGUACAACCUGCUAGUAAUGCGUUGGCCAAUUUGAUAAGCUAUGCCUCUGAUUCCGAAGACAACAUCGCAGAUGCUAAAAAAGCGAAAUUAAUUAUAAAAGAUGCUGAAAAGCCUGCUAUGAAUUGCCCCAGGGAACGUCCCCCGAAACCCAUUAAGCGUAGGAAGAAGGGAAAAACACAAAAAAGUGCUGUAACUGUACCAGCUGUUAAAGAGCUUGUUCACCCAAAGAGGCUGACACUCCUGCAAAAGCUGUUGCAAGGUGAAAUUCUGCACGAACGUAAUAUCAUUCUCCAGUGCGUGCAUUUUAUUGUUCAGCAGAAUUUCUUCGGUUUGAAUCAAGGAACAGUUUGAGUGGUAACAGCAGAAGCAGAUACAUUCAUUUUCAGAACGAAGGGAAUACCCAUGGAAAAGUAUUGAAUUUUUUACGUACUUGAUUUAAGUACCUCAAUAUAAUAUUCAAACUGUG